GAGAAAGCAAUACAGGAAUCUCCAGAAACCAAAGCAAAGACAUAAGAACCUAGAGAGUAAGGGAAAAGAAUGAUAGUAUGCAAAGUUCCUUCCUGACUCCAGCCUCUGGGUUUUUUUGUAAGGAAAAGAAUAGGGAGAAGAGGAGGGGCAAGUUGUCUAAAGCAGCUUAAAAGAGAAGCCACUGCUUGUUCUCUUUCACGGGUCCCACACCACUGCAAAGAUGGGCUCCUGGAUUUUUCUUCUGGCCCUAGUCUUUCAUUUAAGUACUGCAACACCUUCGCAGCCCCAAUAUGUCCUGAUCGCACCUGCAGUUGUGGAGAAUAGCAUUUCCAACGAGGCCUAUUUACAUCUCGAGAACAUCAAUGAGGCAUUAACUGUGAAUGUGACACUGGAGUACAACACAGAAAGCUAUCUUCUAUGGGAGGGCACUGUGACUGAACGCCACUUCUCCCAAUGUUUCAAUUUCACGGUUCCCUUGGCUACUUCUAGUGCACUAGCAUUUCUGCAUCUUUCUGCCAAAGGCCACUCAUUAAACAUCUAUGAAAGAAAGGCAGUAGCUGUACGGAACACAAGCUCAACUGUACUUGUUCAGACCGAUAAGCCCAUCUACAAACCUGGCCAGAAAGCACUAUUCAGAGUUGUUACGCUAGAUACAGAUUUCAGGCCAGUGAACAGCAAGUAUGCACUGAUAUAUAUCCAGGAUCCUCAAGGAAACCGUGUUGCUCAGUGGCUAAACCAGUCCCCUUCCCAUGGAAUUCUCCAACUUGAGUACCAGACCAUUCAGGACACAAGGCUAGGAACCUAUCAGUUUGUAGUAGAGAGUAAACCAGGUUCUAGCACUUAUCACUGGUUCAGCAUGGAGGAAUAUGUACUACCAACAUUUGAGGUGACUGUAAAAGCACCCCAGAGGGUCUCUGCUUUCGAUGAAGAAUUUGAAUUGGAAACUUGUGCUCGGUAUACCUAUGGCCAACCUGUCCAGGGAAAAGUCCAGCUUAGAGUGUGUAGACAACGCUAUUUCCACCCAAGAUGUGAUCGAGAUUCCAAUGGGAUUUGUGAGGCUGUUAGUGCAGAGCUGGGCAAAGAUGGAUGUGUUCGCGAAAUGAUCAGCACUAAAGCUUUCCACCUUUAUGCAAACCUGGGUGAUACUCGAUUUUUCUUUGUGUCACUUCACGCAGAAGUAGUUGUCACAGAGAAAGGAACAGGUGACCAGAUUUCCAAAUCUACUCACAUCUCUGUCUACCAAGCAAAAAAAACUGUAUCCUUUGAGAACGUAGAUCAACAUUAUAAAAGAGGACUUCCUUUUACUGGACAGCUGAAACUAAGAGAUGAGGAUGGCAUGCCACUUCCCAAUAGAGUUAUCUUUCUAGAAUUGGAAGGUGUGGUUAUAGCUAACUACACCACAGAUGAGAAUGGUGGUGCUUUGUUUUCUAUGGACACCUCUAACCUCUUUGAGCAUCGCUAUAAGUUGAGGGCAUAUCAUGAACCAGACCAGUGCACUGACUAUGGCUGGCUGGAAACAGACUAUCCAGAAGCCACUCACUACAUCCACCGCUUCUUCUCCCGGAGUGACAGUUUUGUGAAAAUAGAGCCCAUGUUGAAGGAACUGCCAUGUGACCAGAAAACGGCAAUCACUGUGCAUUAUAUCCUGAGCAAAGAUCAAUACAAGAAUGUGCAGACUAUCACAGUUUCCUUCCAUUAUAUUCUGAUGACCAAAGGGAAAAUUGUUGAUUGCGGUGUAAAGCCUGUGAGAAUUAUACCCGGGCAAUAUGGCACAUUCACCAUUAUAUUGAGCAUUGAUCAGAAGCUGGCUCCAAGGUCCCGGAUCCUUGUGUACUCCUUGCAACCCAAUGGUGACUUGGCUGCUGACAGCAGUUCUUUGGAAAUUGAAAAGUGUUUCAGAAAUAAGGUCAGCCUUCAGUUCUCUGAGAGAGAGACACUUCCAGCUUCCAACAUCAGCCUUUCACUCAAAGCUUCCAGCAAUUCCUUCUGUGCACUGAGAGCUGUGGAUAAGAGUGUGUUGCUUCUGAGGCCUGGAGAUGAUCUGUCUCCUGAGCAUGUGUACAACCGGAUGCCUUAUCUAGAACUUUUUGGAUAUUAUUACAUGGGUCUGAACCUUGAAGAUGACUCUAAAGAAUCAUGCAUUGAGCUAAAAGAUACUUUUUUUAAUGGCUUGUACUAUGUGCCUGUGAAUGUUACCAAUGAUGGGAGUGUCUAUGAUGUUUUUCAGAACAUGGGGCUCAAGGUUUUCACCAACUCCACACUACAGAAACCUAUUGUAUGCCAAAGUGACUACGAAUGCAAGAAAGCUUCCUCUGAUGGAGACCCUGAGGUUGGACUACUUGCUAAGGCUUCUGCUGAUUCUUUUGGUGGAAUGAUCGAGACAGUGAGAACCAACUUCCCUGAAACCUGGUUUUUCGAUAUAGUUUCAGUCGAUUCCAGUGGGAAUGCCGAUCUUUCAUACACUGUACCUGAUACCAUCACUGAAUGGGAAGCCAAUGUGUUUUGUCUGGAAGAAAAUGAUGGCUUUGGCAUGUCAAAGAAAGCCAGUCUGAUAGCAUCUCAGCCAUUCUUUGUUCGUCCGUCGCUGCCCUACUCCACUAUCCGAAAUGAAGUGUUCGUUCUUAAGGCUAAUGUCUUCAAUUACCGGAACCAGUGCAACGAGGUGACUGUGAUACUAAAAGAGUCUGAGGAUUACAGAGCAGAAUUUCUGUCAUCAGAGAGCAAUCCCACAAGGCUGUGUGCAAAUGAAACAAAAUCCUAUACCUGGAGAGUUAGCCCCCAGAAGCUGGGAACAGUGAAUAUUACCAUCACUGCAGAAGCCAAAGCAGGAGAGCUAACUGGAGGAUGGAGGGACACAGUCAUCCUUCCACUCUUGGUUGAGCCUGAAGGCAUCAAAAAGGAGGUGACACAGAGUUCGCUUCUCUGUACUAAAGGUACAACCAUCUCUGAGUCACUAACCUUGAAAUUGCCGGAAAAUCUGGUGGAUGGGUCAGGUAGAGCUAUAUUCUCUGUCCUUGGAGAUGUUAUGGGGACAGCCAUGCAGAACUCUGAAAAUCUUCUCCAGAUGCCCUAUGGGUGCGGGGAACAGAAUAUUGCCAUGUUCUUAUCAAACUACAUCAUCUUGAGGUAUCUGAACAACACGAAGCAGCUGACAGAUGAAAAAAGAUCCAGGAUUGUUGGGCACUUAACUAGUGGGUACCAGAGGCAACUGAAUUUCAGAAACUAUGAUGGAUCCUUUGGGACUUUUGGUAGCAAGAAAGUAGAAGGAAAUCUUUGGCUCACCGCUAUGGUCUACAAAGCAUUAGCACAAAGCAAGUCUGCUAUAUUUGUAGAUGACAACGUCUUGAGCCAAGCACUCAUAUGGAUUGCAAGCAAACAGGAGGCAGAUGGCUGCUUCCAGCCACAAGGGAAAAUCUACAACAAUGCCUUACAGGAUGGAGCAGAUGAGAGAACUAUAGUCACCGCUUAUGUCACUGCUUCACUAUUGGAAAGUGGACUUCCCCAGUCGGAUCCUGUGGUGCGGAGCGGUCUCUCCUGCUUGGCUGCUCUUUCUGACAGGGAUUCUGAACAUCUCUAUGUCAAUGCUCUAUUGGCCCAUACCUACAGCUUAGCUGGUGACAUGGAAAAAGUGAACCGUAUCUUUAAUGUCCUGAUGACAUCUGCUACUAGAACUGGGGGACUGGUGUACUGGGAAAGGGAGAAGAGGCCCCCACCACAACUGUUUCCUUCCUUCUAUCCUCGUGCCCAGUCUGCCGAGGUUGAGAUCAACAGUUAUUGCCUAACAGCUUAUCUCAAGCAAGAAAACCUCUCCCAGGAGAACAUGACUUUUGCCUCGGGGAUUGCACAUUGGAUUGUCAGGCAACAGAACUUCAAUGGAGGCUUCUCCUCCAGUCAGGACACUCCUGUGGCACUCCAAGCUUUAUCUGGAUAUGGGACCCUUACUCACCAAAAAGAUGCUGCCAACACAGUAGACAUCAGCUCUGGGGAAUCUUUCAAGAAGCAGUUUGUGGUGAAUGGAGACAACAGUGUUCUGCUUCAGCAGGUUGCUCUGCCCAGUGCAGAAGGAAGUUACAGUGUGAAAGUAGAUGGUUCUGGAUGUGUCUACACACAGACAACUUUGAGGUACAACGUCAUCCUUCCCAAAGAGACCUCUGGGUUUGCUCUCUCAGUAGAGACAAGAAAUGCUUCCUGUACAGGCGACUUCCUACCCAAAUUUGCUAUCGUUGUGACAGCCAGUUACACUGGCGGGCGCAACACAUCCAACAUGGCCAUUGUUGAUUUGAAGAUGCUAUCUGGUUUUGUCCCUGUCCAAUCAUCGCUCCAGGAGCUCCAAAACAAAAUGAUGCGUGUGGAAACCAGGAAUGACCACAUCUUUUGUUAUCUGGAAGAUGUAUCAGCAGAGAAAAUUACUUUUGCAUUAAUUGUAGAGCAAGUCCAUUCUGUGUCCAACAUCAAACCAGCUCAAGUUAAAAUCUACGAUUAUUAUGAAACAGAUGAGUUUGCCCAGGCUGAAUAUACUUCACCUUGCCAGCAAGACUGAAUCUGAAAGCCAAGAGAAAG